GGGAUUUAGUGUAGAGGGGAAAAAGGGAUCAUGCUCUUAUCUGGGGCUAGAUGUCCUGCAGGUGCAGCUUGGGCUUGCCCUGUCUCAGUUGUCCUGCCUUGAGAAUGAAGGAAGUUCUUGCCUCAUUGAACAAGUGCCUCUGUCUCUGUCCUUGAAAGGUUGAUGUAUUGUUAGAUGUUUUAGAUAAACUACUGAACUGAGGAAAUCAGGAUCUGUAUUUCAAACACUGCUGAAAAUAGGCAUAUUCUUCUGCUGUGAGACUUUGACUGCUACCUCGCCAAGUUUUUAAGACAGGGACAGGAGUUGCACGUUUCUUUAAAAACAAAACCCUCUUGAAGAUGUUGCUCUGGUUCUAGCUUCAGAUUAAUGAAUCAAAGUCUUCAGCUCUUCCAUGUACAGAUUUCAUAACUGAUAGUCAUCACUGGCUGCCCUCCUUUUUUCAUACGAAAAUAAGCUUUUAUCCAGCUCAUGGAAGUGAGAACUGUAGCAAAAAUGGAAAGUUGGCAUUCUGAGCAGUUUCUAAAGGAAAGAUAUUUUUUCUUCUGCCUGUUGCAGUGGCAGAUGGUCCUUGAAAAGGCACCUGCCACGAGUCCAGGUGACCUUGGUUACUGCAGGAAAGCAGAUCAUGAAGUGGCAAGUCAGCAUGAUGAAAGAUUAUUGGGAGAUUAGCAUAAUAAAAACUGCAGGCUCUGCUGAGGAGGAUCAGAAUGGGUUUAGGAUGUUUAUAAUUUAGACUGCUGCACUUGUGUUUUUCUACAGCAUGGACACAGAUCUUACCCAAACGGCUUUGUUAGGCCCAUUGGUGCUGUUAUGAGGCCGGUUAAUAAUGUUGAAGGAUUAUGGCUAGCUAGCUAAGUCCUUAAGCAUUUUAGAUUAAAGUUCCUUAGCACCAAGGUAUGUAAGAAAUUCUAGUGAACAAUUUUAGUUUUUCUUUUUUUCAUAUAUUUUCAUUACUUAUGUUGCCUCCUUUUGUGCUUCAGCCUGCAGAGAGAAGAAGAGCAAAUGAAGGUACCUGCAGUGCAGGGGUGUGGCUGUAGCAGUUUUGCUGCCAGAGGUGGAGCUGCCCUUCAGGUGGAUUUGGGGGUGGGUUGGGCAUCUUUCUCUGGAUUAAGGGUGCACUAGGAACAUGUGUUAUGGAGAAGCUGUUUCCAAAAUUCCCUGAAGAUGUUUGCAAUGGUACAUGUACCAACAGGAAUGCUCAUUCUCUUCUGGGAAACUAAUAACCCUGCAGUCGCUGCAGCAGAGACUUGUACAAAAGCAACUUCCUCCCUUUUGCUUUUGCAAAGUGUGACUGAGUUUCAUCUCUGGGGUUUCUUCCUUACUUCUGACAAUAAGGAUCUGACUUUCCUUCUGCAGCACAGGCAUGUGUGAAUUUCUGCGGUUCCAGCCUGGCUGGUUUGUGUUUGCCAGAGUUGAUUAGACAGAGUAGUGAUUAAGCUCUCCAAAUAAUCCACCUCCAGUUAAUAAAAUAUUGCUGGAACCCUGAAAGAGCUGAGGAACAUUGGUUCUGUCAUUCAUUUCUUUUGAACUAUGUUCAGACAAAUGUCAGUGAUUGUGAAAAACAAGCUUGAUCUGUGACUGAGGUUACUUGAGCUGGAGGGAGCUGUUAGGCUGGCAAGUGGACAGGCUAUCAUGUGAUCCUUGUAAUCAAAUGAACAGAUGCAGCCAGAGGAAAGCUAGAGCUGUUCCUGCAGCUCACAAGCUGAAAGUUAACACAUACUGUUGUGCAAAAUACCAGGGCCAAAUUCACUGGUGGGGGGAAAGCUACUCUUGGAAGAUUAAGGAAUAGAAAAGCUGAAGUUAAUUGAAAUACCUGUGUUUCUUAAAUCCCGGGUGUUGUGCUUUUGUAAGUAAAUUAAGGAGGGGAUUGUACAAACCAGCAGUGCGUUGUUUUGCAUCAGCAUGUCAGUGGGAUGCUGGUGAAGCGGUAAUAGGCAAAUUUCUUAGUGAUCAUGAGAAUAGUGCAUUGUUCUCAGUAUUUGACAGUCCAUCAAAAUGGCAUUUUAGUGUUUUAUAAACUCCCUUUUCAUAAAUAGCUCUUGUCUUUCAGUUUCUUACCAGGCUGGGUGUCUUGCAGCUCUAGGAAGGAGAUAAAGCAUUAGAAUAAACUGCUUUCAGUAGCUGUCCUGUACCACAUGAGUCUGUAGUCUUUGCAAAACAUGUGAAGAGGACAUUGUCGACCUCCUCACUGACUACCUGAGUAUCCUUAGGUAAUGCCUUGUUGCUGACUUAACCACUUCCCAGCUGAAUCUUAUCCCAGGUACAAUAUUUGCUCUUGGAGAGGGAUUAAUUCUUGAAAUCCUGGAUGUACGCAACUAGAGAAGAGCUUUCAAAUCCCCUACAAAUUGUCUUCCUUGUUUGUGAAGAGGGCAGUAAUUCCCUCUGGGAGAUGCAAAGAAGCGUAGGACACAGCUGCCUUGGAAAAUUCCUCUUUCUUCAAUAGUUUAGAAGUUCACAUCACUGUCUGUGGAAGCUCCUGUGCCAUUUGGAACACAGCAAGGUAUUUAAUGUUAUUUGCUGGUGUCUUUCUUUGAGUCUACAGCAUGAGUAUCAUGGCUAGUCAGCAACAAAUACUGGUGUGGGCUUGAAAAACGUACUUAAUAAAAAUAGAAAUGCUUACAUGUGUAUGGUCUGUUUCUAAUGUCUGCCUUAUAUUUUUUUUCAGCUUUCCAAGAAGCCAAGUGUUCCCUUUUUCUAUGGUUUGUUGUCUGCAAAUAGGCCCUAGAAGCUGUUUCACUCUUGAAGCAGUUUUACAAUGGAAAAGCAAGCAGAGAAAUAGAAUGGGAGAAAAUGGCAAGGACAUUCAUACUCCAUCAGAGCUGGUGUCUGUCUAACACGGUUCUCUCAUUCACACAGCUCUGAUGAUGAGGAGUAUAAGGACAGGGAUAUGUGUGGAGUCAUGCUUUCCUGAUGCUGCUCCCCUGCUUCAGAAUCUUACAGGGUUAAGGUUGCUUCUGGAUCCUUGUUUGGCAGCUGUCAAAAGCCUUUUUUCCCUGUGAAUGUGUCUAAUCCUGUGAUUCAGUUCAUACUGGUGACUUCUAGAGACACCUUGAAUCUUCUGUUAACUGGGGAAAUGCUUCACCUUAUUACUUAUAACAAAAUGAAAAGCUAAUCUCUCCGCUUUGAACCACCUAGGUUUUCUGGACUUUUCUCUCUGGAUCUCUUGUACCCUUGUGGUCUUCCCUUCUCUUCUUUUUCCCCUAUUCUUUUCUUCCCCCAUUGCCUUCCUCUCCCUCCUUAUUUUUCUCCUCCUGAAGAACUUUUUUCCAUUUAUUUUCUACCCCUUAGAUGCAAGCUUUUCCCUAUCUCUAAGUAUAAUUGUUGCCUUUCUGGGCAGGUGGCUGGGCUGUUCUAUCCUUACGGUGCAUUCUGGUUUGAGCUUAGUGUUGCUCUGCCCAUAAUGGGUUGCACUGGGUUCUGUUUGAGGAAAUUGCAGCAGGACAGAUGAGUUCUCAUUUGGGGGUUGGUCUGACUCCUUACCAACACAAACCACCUUUGUAGCUUUUAGACAAGCCACCAUUUGGAUGUGUGUGAGGUUCUGAAACAGCAGUACUUUACCUAUGGCUUUUAUCUCAUCCACCUGUUUUUCCCAGGCAUCUGGUGCAGGACAUUUUGGGAUAGAAAAACUUCAUUCACCCACAGUCGCAUCUCUGUCUUUGACCAUGAGCUGCCCUGAGUCUCAAAAGACCAGGAUUGGUGGGAAGACUGCUGAUUCUCCCCCAAAACAAGUUAUCUUCAGAAAAAGCACCCGUGACAAAGCUCUGACCAUCUACCUGGGAAAGCGGGACUUCAUUGAUAACGUAGGGAAUGUGGAAUCUGUGGGUAAGUCCACAAGGUUAUGUGCUGCUCUUCCUGCCCUCAACCCUACUUACCCUCUGUUAAUCUUGAUUUUUCCCUUUCUUUCAGAUGGUGUUGUAUUGGUGGAUCCUGCUAUUAUCAAGGGAAAAAAAGUGUUUGUGUCCCUGACCUGCGCGUUUCGCUAUGGCCAGGAGGACAUUGAUGUGAUUGGCCUCACCUUCCGCCGGGACCUAUACUUCUCCAGGGUCCAAGUGUACCCACCUGCUGACAAGCCAGAGUCUCUCACCCUUUUGCAGGAAUCUCUGCUAAAGAAGCUGGGGAAAAAUGCUUAUCCCUUUGUCUUUACAUUUCCAGAUUACCUGCCUUGUUCAGUCUGUCUGCAGCCUGCACCUCGUGAUGUUGAUAAGACUUGUGGUGUGGACUUUGAGGUGAAAGCUUUCUCAACAGAAAAUGUGGAAGAGAGAGUUCAUAGGAGGAACUCUGCACGUCUGCUGAUCCGUAAGGUGCAGUAUGCUCCGGAGAAGCCAGGACCCCAGCCUUGUGCAGAGACCACCUGGCAGUUCUUCAUGUCCAACAAGCCCCUGCACCUGAAAGCUUGCCUCAGUAAAGAGGUAUACUACCAUGGUGAACCCAUUCCAGUCACUGUCACCAUCAACAACAGCACAGAGAAAACAGUGAAGAAGAUCAAAGUCCAGGUGGAGCAGGUGGCCAAUGUGGUGCUGUACUCCAGUGACUUUUAUACCAAAGUGGUGGCUGCUGAGGAAGCACAGGAGAAGGUGCAGCCAAACAGCAGCCUGACCAAGACACUGACACUUUUGCCCUUGCUUGCAAAUAACCGGGAGACACGGGAAAUAGCUCUGGAUGGAAAACUGAAGGAUGAGGACACCAACUUGGCUUCUAGUACUAUCAUUAAGGAUGGAAUAGACAAGACAGUGAUGGGGAUUCUGGUUUCCUACAAGGUCAAAGUGAAGCUCACAGUUCCAGGCAUGCUGGGAGACCUCACUUCCAGUGAAGUGGGCACAGAGCUGCCAUUUCGUCUCAUGCACCCCAAACCUGAAGAAAAGAACCCAGCAGUGAAGCAGAGCUGGUAUUUGAGGAGUUUGCUCGUCAGCAGCUAAAAAAUACACCUGAUGAAGAGGACAAGAAUUCACCAUCAACAAGUGAUUAAAAGAACAGGCUGACAGAGGAGCUGUGUUGUCUGGCUUCAAUUACAAAUGUAGGACCGAAGUUUCUAGUAAUCUGAAUGUUCUUGGUUCAUGUACGGUCUUCCAGGAAUCAGUCCUGAGGUCAGUGGACGUGACAUCAGGAAUCUCUAUUGCUUAUUACAAGAUUCACCUCUGGAGGAAUGUGGCAAACACAACACCUGGUUCUUACUCGAGCUACCAGAGGAGGACAGGAUAUCUGCAAUGUCAUGACUUCUGCUUUCAGGACUGCCUAAUAAAAAGUUUGGUUGCUUUCAGCACUGGUGAGAGCUUAAAUGAGGGUUUAUGCAGCCUGCCUGGACUUAUUCAGUGUCAGUCUGUGACUUUGAAGUGCCAGUGAACCAAAUCCUAGACUGGAAGGCUGGCUUGCAGCCAUGGGUGAUUCAUCAAAGUUUAUCAGCAGACUGUACAAAACUGAUUUUAUUUAAUUUAGGUUGCUUUUGUGUUGAUGCUUUACCAAAUUCAGCCAGUGAAUUGAAUUUGUACUUGCACUGUCCCCAUGUGGCUUUUACAUCCAUUUUCUGUACCAGUAAAUAUCUUGCAAGUUGUCUCCCACAGCACACACAAUCCUGAUACACAGUAUUAGCUUUCUAGCAAUAUACUUAAUAACUAUGUUAUUAAAAUUGAGAUAAAUGUGCACUGUCCAUGAAUUGCUUAAAGCUCCCUAUAUACAAAGCCAAACAGAAAUACAAGUCCAGACAGAGCCUGUAUUUAAUCUAGUUUCCUGUAGGCAACUACUUCAAAAGAGGGUGCAGGAAAAUUAAGGAGGAAAUUAUGGUGCAGCCUUCCCUGAGGAGCCUUUCCCAACAUCUGCCAGCAGUUGGUUUAUGUUCCAAGAAAUGAGAUUGCGUCCUGCAAACUUUAUUUUCUCUUGUUGAUCUGGAUAUUCUUAUUAUCCAUGCAAAUGUCGGAUAUUUUCCUGAAUCUCAGUUAGGUUUUUGCUCAAGUGAGUUGUAUCAGCUAAUUACAUUUUGCA